CCUCACUAUAUUCCUGCGAACAAACAUAAAGAUGGUGAAAUGUUACAACCAGACUAUCGCUACCACGAUACGGUAUUAAUAUACUUCGUUGAAACAUUUCACUAUUACGCAGAAUACAUCUUACCGAGAAUAUGUGCAACGAAUAAAGAUUUUUGACUUCUGAAAUCAUCAUUAAACAAGAUAUCGGCGCAUGUGAUGGGUUUUUCAACUAUAUUUGCUGUCUUUAAAUUGCUUUUAAUUUUAUCUGUAUCUGCAAAUGAAGACGAGGACGACCCGGUGUGCAAAGGUAGUUUUCGCGGCGAGGAAAUUGAUGAUGCAUUCAGCUGCAUUAGUACAAACGGACAAACGUUAGUCAAUUUAACAAAACAUGAUGAUCAAGUAAAGUUGGAGCUUAUAGACGCAACUCAUAUCUUAGACGUUUAUAUAGACUCAACAUUCUCCCUUUACUGCUGCUUCUAUUCCCUACCAUAUUGCCCACGUAUUAUUUGGUAUAAAGAUGGUGCGGAAAUAACAAAUUAUAAAAAGAAACUAGAAGGUGGAAGAACAUUGGAAAUUUACGCUACACCAUCAGCUGGAGGAAACUACACGUGUGUUGCGACCACGCCCUUUGGCGAACAAUCGAGCUUCGUAAACACCGUGGUGACACACACUAAUCCUUGGAAUGAAGAUAAGCCCAAACUGGAGUGCCAACGUUUUUUUGAAAGUCAACAUAUUUACGAUGCAUUCAGGUGCAAUAGUACAUACCGAUCAACGUUAACUAAUUUAGCAAAGCAUGAUGAUCAAGCUUUGUUGACGCUUGAAAACGCAACCCAUAUCUUAGACGUUUAUAUAAACUCAACAUUCCACCUUUAUUGCUGCUUCUAUUCCCAACCAUAUUGCCCACGUAUUAUUUGGUAUAAAGAUGGUGUGGAAAUACGAAAUUAUACAAAGAAACUAGAAGGUGGAAGAACAUUGGAAAUUUACGCUACACCAUCAGCUGGAGGAAACUACACUUGUGUUGCGACCACGCCCUUUGGCGAACAAUUGAGCUUCGUAAACACCGUGAAGACACACACUAUACCUAGGAAUGAAGAUGAUCACAAACCGGAGUGCCCACGUUUUUUUGAUGGUCAACAAAUUAACGAUGCAUUCAGUUGCAAUAGUACAUACCGAUCAACGUUAACUAAUUUAACAAAGCAUGAUGAUAAUGGAAUGUUGACGAUCGGAGAGCGAACUAAAUCCUUAGACGUUUAUAUAAACCAUCCAUUCUUCUAUCUUAAAUGCUGCUUUUAUUCCCAACCAUAUUGCCCACGUAUUAUUUGGUAUAAAGAUGGUGUGGAAAUACUAGAUAAUCUAGAUCUUAUAAAGAAACUAGAAGGUGGAAGAAUAUUGAAAGUUUACCCUGCACCAUCGGUUGGAGGAAACUACACGUGUGUUGCGACCACGCCCUUUGGCGAACGAUCGAGCUUUGUAAUCCCCGUAUAUGCACAGAGAAGUUGCAGUGGAAGUCCUACCAUGGUAAAGGAACCUAGCACGGAUGUGAUAAAAGUGAAAAAAGGCAGUCGUCAAAAACUCGUGUUGACUGUUAUUUGUUAUGGAAGAUUAGCUGUGUCCACAGUUGUGUGCAGAAGAAAUCACGGCAGGUUUAUUACAUCUGACGGUUAUUAUAAUGAAAGUCGAUUCCGAUCAGGGAGAAACAAUGAGCCCACACUGCAGUAUACUUUAGUUAUUUACAACUUCUCAAGAAUUGAAAAUAUUACUUGUGGGUUAACUGGCCGUGAUAAACCUUGGGCAAAGUUUGUUUUGAUAGAAAAAGAAUGUGAAGAUUCUCCUUAUAUUGUUCCGAAAAAAGGAGGCGUGAUCGAAUUGAACUACGGGGCAAAUUAUACAAUGAAAUGUAACAUAUAUUGCCUGAGAAAACGGAACUUUAAUGAUCCAGUUUGGAGAGACGGACAUGACGAUAUUAUAACAACAAGCAAAUAUUCAAAUUACCGGCUUCAUGAACGCGACUUAACUCGUGGUGGUUAUGCUCCGGCCAGUAAACCAAGCUACGAAACAAGUUUAACAGUUAUAAACCUUACCAGAAGUGAAAAUUUUACCUGCUAUGUUUCUGAGGAGCGUCGAACGGGAACGGCGUUUUCGUUGGUGCUCAUCCAUGCAGAUACCGAACGUGGUCAACGAGGCACCGAUGAACAAAGUGCUAUUAACCAGACAGGAAUGUGGAUAGGGCUUAGUACCGUUACCACUUUUUUUGUUUUCUUUAUCGUUCUGUUUAUACGGUACAGAAAAAAAAUAUUAAUGUCGUCGUCGUUUGUGCCGCGCAUACUUUACCGUCCAAAAGAAGAAGAUGCAGCAGCUCGUUAUGAUGCAUUCAUCUCGUACAGCGAAGCAGACGGCGGCUCAUUUGUGCGUUCUACGUUGAAGCCAAUGUUGGAAAACGAGUGUGGUUACACUUUAUCCUUACACUAUCGAGAGUUUGUUCCUGGCACUGCCAUUAUUGACAAUAUAAUGGACUCUAUAUACGACAGCCGUCGCAUUUUGACCGUCCUCACUCCGAAAUUUCUCAAAAGUGAAUGGUGCAAAUUCGAGGUAAAUCAGGGACUUCGCCGCCUUAUCGAAAAGCCAAAUACACUCGUCGUUAUUAUGUUAAACGAAAUACCGGAAGACCAAAUACCGAAAACGCUUCGCUCGUUCCUAAAGGGUUACACUUGUCUUCACUGGGACGAUAAUAAGAAGGAUGAAAUGCGCAGAAAAUUACAGGAGGCUUUAGGAUCACCAAAUACUAUUAAUAAUUCUGAUGGUCCCACAACCGAAAACUGCGAGGCGGGAUAGAAUGGCCAGACUCUGAUGAUCAGUCCAAUGAAAUUGGGUCAUACAAUCGGAAAAUAAACGAUAUUGCACAGCGAAAAAAGUAAAUUAUCACCGUUGAUGCACAACUUCACACCGAAGCAGAGGAAAGAGGAAGAUGUUAGGUGGAAGUUUUUUGUAGCGAAUAUCUGUAAGACCUGGGAUUUUAUAUAUUUUAUAAAGAUUUAGGAUAUUUUAUAAAGCAAUCUAGUCCCACUUUGGCCUAGCUAUAAGAGACCGGUCAUUAUUUAUGAAGAGAAAUCACCCCACUUAAAGAUGAAAAAGAAAUGUUACCCACCACAUCGUCAAUCCGCCUAUAUAAUAUAUUGUAUACACGCUAUUCUUUUAAUGCCUUUUGAUUGGUUGUUUUUUUAUAUCACGUGGUAUUUAAUAAACAUUUACCGUGUACUGCCCAAUGAAGGUUUUCACUACACGGUAAAUAGAUUCAAAAGAUAAAUAGAUUCAAAUAGAUUUUUCCAUCACACGGUUGCUUUCAUUACAACCAAUCACUCACAAUAAUAAUCGCAUGCACCGUGCUCUUACGCAGUUGAUCGUAUACGAAACCAAAUAAUCAAAAUCACAAAAUUAGAAAUUGUUCACUUCAGUAACUCAAUAAUAUUAGAACUUGGU